GGCGCGUGCGCGGGUCACGUGGGGGCGCGGCCAGGCGGCAGCUGAGGCUGCGGAGACGGGGGCGGUGGCCGCUCGGGUCUGGCGGGACCAGUUUAGAGGACUACGCCGCCUUGCAGAUUGGCCUUAAGAGAAAAAACAGAGCUGCAUACUGCUGACGGCCCAGAACUGGCAGAGAGAAGGUUGCCAUGGCUGCUGUUGACAGCUUCUACCUCUUGUACAGGGAAAUCGCCAGGUCUUGCAAUUGCUAUGUAGAAGCUCUAGCUUUGGUUGGAGCCUGGUAUACGGCCAGAAAAAGCAUCACUGUCAUCUGUGACUUUUACAGCCUCAUCAGGCUGCAUUUUAUCCCCCGCCUGGGGAGCAGAGCAGACCUGAUCAAGCAGUAUGGAAGAUGGGCCGUCGUCAGUGGUGCAACAGAUGGGAUUGGAAAAGCCUACGCUGAAGAGUUAGCAAGCCGAGGUCUCAGUAUCAUCCUGAUUAGUCGGAACGAGGAGAAGCUGCAGGUUGUUGCUAAAGACAUAGCCGACACGUACAAAGUGGAAACUGAUAUUAUCGUUGCGGACUUCAGCAGUGGCCGUGAGAUCUACCUUCCCAUUCGAGAAGCCCUGAAAGACAAAGACAUUGGCAUCUUGGUAAAUAACGUGGGUGUGUUUUAUCCCUACCCGCAGUAUUUCACGCAGCUCUCCGAGGACACACUCUGGGACAUCAUAAAUGUGAACAUUGCCGCCGCUAGUUUGAUGGUCCAUGUAGUGUUACCAGGAAUGGUGGAGAGAAAGAAAGGUGCCAUUGUCACAAUCUCUUCCGGCUCCUGCUGCAAACCCACUCCUCAGCUGGCUGCAUUUUCUGCUUCUAAGGCUUAUUUAGACCACUUCAGCAGAGCCUUGCAGUAUGAAUAUGCCUCUAAGGGAAUCUUUGUACAGAGCCUCAUCCCUUUCUGUGUAGCCACCAACACGACAGUGCCCAGUAGCUUUUUGCACAGGUGCUCGUGGUUGGUGCCGUCGCCAAAAGUCUAUGCACAUCAUGCUGUUUCUACCCUUGGGAUUUCCAAAAGGACCACAGGAUACUGGUCCCAUUCUAUUCAGUUUCUUUUUGCACAGUACAUGCCUGAAUGGCUCUGGGUGUGGGGAGCAAAUAUUCUCAACCGCUCACUACGUAAAGAGGCCUUAUCCUGCACGGCCUGAGUCUGGAUGGCCACUUGAGAAGUUUUGCCGACUCCUGGGAACCUUGGUACUCCGACAUUUGGAAAAACACAUUUAAUUUAUCUUAUGUGUUUUAUUGCUGAUUUUUAGCAUACUGUUGAUGUGUCAUUUGCAAAGCAGCUGUGAUACUGUCAGAGAGUGCUGUGAAGAAACCUCAAGGGUGUGUGAAUGGCACAGAGUCAAUAAUGACUGACGCUGACUGAAGAUUAUCUAAAUUUCAGUGCUUUUCUCCUAAGCUGUUCAAAAGUAACGCUUUUCUAUUGUUCUAGGAGGCACAGCAGUCUAGUAUUGAAAUAUAAUGUGAUUUGUCAGCUUUUAUAAUUUUGGAUGUUGCUUUUUUAGGGGAAUUGACUAUUUCACUAUAGGAGUUGUACUGGAAUGUGCAUCAGGAAAGACUACUGAAAAGUAUUACUUUAUAACUAAGGUUGCUGGUACUAUUAGCAGGAAAAAUCUGUGUGUAUUGUGUAGCUCUAGCUGUUUGACUAUCUGUUCAGAAAAUGCUGCACUUCAACUGGUAUUUCAUUAGAGAAUUAUGUGUGUGUGUGUGUGUCUCUCUCUGUGUCUGUGUGGUGUCUUUGAGCAACUUUAUGGUUACCAUAUUUUUGAAGAGAUUUUUUGUCAGAAUGACUUAACAUGGACUCUUAUAGCAUAUUAAAAAAUCUAGAUUAUUCCUUUUCAUACUAAAUAAGCCUACCAAAUUUCAUUCUGUUGGUUUGCCACGAAUAAUAUUAACUUCCUACAUUACAUUUUUGUUGGUUUGUCUCAAAUAUGCUAUGGAAUGAAUUUAUUCCUAGAUUUGGAUAUGUAAGAGAAACUUGCAGUCAUCUUUUGAUUUAUAAAGCAAUUCUUGUGGAUAAGUAGUGAUUUCUCAGCCUCUGACCCAUUUUAUAACUGAAAUUUUGCCCUUUAGAGCUUAUUAUAUCUGGUUUUCAUACAUUUUUCUAUGUAAUAUUCCAUUCCAGUAGCAUUAUUGAUAUAAAUAUUAAGUAUUUAUGGAAUAGUAAAAUACGGACAAAUUAUGUGUGUGACAUGAUAUAUCUGUCAAAAUAAUAAGUUAGAAGCUUAUUCUUGGUUUGUGUAAUGAAUUUUUGCAUUUUAGUGAAUACCUUUAUCGGUGUGAAGAUCAUUAUGGACAAACCCUCACAAUAUGCAUUAACAUUCAAACCUACUAUGAAAUGUCUUUAGUUUGGGUCUUACAAAGCCAACCAUUUUUGAGAACCAUAUACCUAGUGCUUUGAAGACUGUGUCACUAUAUGAAUAUGACAGUACAUGCACAUUUAAAAUUCAGAGCUCAGCAUUGUACGCUGACGCAUAAGCUAGUAGAUUGGUUAAAAGUCUGGAUUCUGUAGGGUUGUUUUUUCAUGAUGGGAUAAUCUAUCAUAAACAGACCUGAGCACACUUUUUAUGGACACAAUUUUGCCCAUGACAUUGCCUACAAGAUUUCCAGAUGUGACUUGCACUCAGAAGGUCCGUGGUCAACAUCAGAAGCUCUUCCACUCCUAGAUCAUGUCUUCAGAACUUAGAUGUGAAAAUCUACACACUGGGAGAUGCUGUGUGACCCCCGCAAGGUUUUGAUGGAGUUAGCUUGGAAUCCUCUUGACUUCAUGCCACACUGAUGUGAACUUUGAUGUGUAAUAAGCAGCAGCAACUUCAUGUGAAAAUAUUGUCAGGUAGUUAUAUGUAAGGUUACGUGAUCCAGUAAUGUCUUAGAUUGAUAAAUUAGGUAUGAAUCGGAAUCAGUGUUAUGUGAUGAGCAUAGGUGAACACACCUUGUCAGUGAGUCUGUAAAAUUCUCUCCAGGGCAGGACAUGGGCAAACAUGCUGAUUGGUGCAAAUGUGGUGCAGAGCUGUCUGUAGCUAUAGUGAAAGAUGAGCAAGAUCUUCUCUAGGUUUUCUAGCUUUCAUUAAAUGUAUUUUUCCCCAGAGCUAAUUUGAAAGUUGAUUGGACCACUGUGGAUGGGGUGUCUUAAUAAGAAUGUGGAAAAUAUGGGCCGGGCAUGGUGGCUCACGCCUAUAAUCCAAGCAGUUUGGAAGGCCAACUGAGAACAGCCUAGGCAACGUGUCCUGUCUCUACAAAAAAUACAAAAAUUACCCAGGCAUGGUGGUGCAUGCCUGUAGUCGCAGCUACUUGGGAGGCUGAGGCAGGAGAACUGUUUGAGCCUAGGAUGUGGAGGCUGAAGUAAGUCAAGAUCACACCACUGUAUUCCAGCCUUAAGACAGAGCAAGGCCCUGUCUCAAAAAAAAAAGGGAAAUAAGAACCUUUGAAACUUAAUCUGUGAAUUGAAAGUUUAACAAUAAAAGUAGUUGUUUCGGCUUCCUUU